AUGACAAAACCGGAGUCGAUCGAACCGCUGAGAUUGAUCGACGCGGCGAAGAUGGGAAGGCUGAGAUUAAUCGAUGCAUGGCGUGCAUGGAAAGUCGAUCGAGCUAGCUGUAAGCAGAUGAUGGGAUCAAUCAAGCUGGCUAGUCUCGUAUGGGGUCGAUCGAGCUGGCUAGCCUCCUAUGGGAUCGAUCGAGCUACUUGGUCCUGCACUGGAUCGAUCGAUCUGUGA